CCUUUUAUGGCAAGUCCGUAAUGGCGGCUUGAUAACGUCCAGGCGCUUCAUUUGUUAUUGAUGGAAACAACGCAAUCAGUAUGGCAGAUAAAAAGAGCAAGUCAGCCGCAGUGAAGAGGGUGCUGACGAAGAAGGAGCAGGAGGAGCUCAAGAAAAAGGAGGAAGAAAAAGCUGCUGAAGUGUUUGAGGAAUUCUUGGCAUCAUUUGAUGGCAGUGAAAAGAGUGGAGGGAAAAUGUUUGUACGAGGAGGGAUUGUGAAUGCCACUAAAGAUGAAGAGGUAGCCGAGCUGAAGAAGAGUAAACUGUAUAAGCCAGCCUCUAGAUUCGCUCCUGUAACUCAGAAUCCUCCUGUAUCACCAGUGCAGCAUGUAGAGUCUAGAAGAACCUCUUACCCACAGUCGGCCAAAAAGAAGACCGAUGAGAAGAAAAAGAGCAACCUGGAACUGUUUAAAGAGGAGCUGAAACAGAUUCAAGAGGAGAGAGAGGAGCGCCACAGAAGGAAGAACGAUCCAGGAGGGGUGGUGUCAGAUCUGGACCUUUCAGCGCCACGCCCACGCUCAAUAUUUGAUGAUGAUCCAACCUUGCCAACCACGACUAACCUUUACAUCGGCUGCAUCAGUCCCAAGAUGACGGAGGAGAUGCUGUGCAAGGAGUUCGGGAAGUACGGCCUGUUAGCCAGUGUCAAGAUCAUGUGGCCUCGGACCGGGGAGGAAAAGACCAGAGAGACAAACCGCGGAUUCGUGGCCUACAUGGUUCGGAAGGACGCCGAGAGGGCUCUGGCCGCCUUGGACGGGAAAACGGUGAUGGGUUUUGAGAUGAAGCUGGGCUGGGGAAAGGCGGUGCGAAUCCCCCCUCAUCCCCUCUACACUCCCGUGGGUGUAUUAAAAUCCAUGGCGCCCCCUCCUCCCUCUGGUCUGCCCUUCAACGCCCAACCCCGCGAUCGCUUCCGCAACGAUUUCAGCAAAACCCGCAGUCGAACACAAGCGGACUUCCUCAAGACUCUGUACGACGCCAUAGUGACAGUGGUUAUCCCAUCAGAAAGGAACCUGCUGUGCCUCAUCCACAGAAUGAUUGAGUUUGUGGUGAGAGAAGGACCCAUGUUCGAGGCCAUCAUCAUGAAUCGAGAGAAGGAAAACCCUGAAUACAGAUUUCUGUUUGAUAAUAAGAGUCAGGAGCAUGUGUACUACAGGUGGAAGCUUUUUUCUAUACUACAGGGCGAGACUCCGAACAUGUGGAAGCAGUCCAUGUUCCGAAUGUUUCGUAACGGCUCGUUGUGGCGUCCGCCUGUCCUCAACCCUUACCUCCAGGGUGACGAGGAGCCCGAGGACGAGCCUCCGCCUGUGCAGGAGGAGGAGCCGAAGAAAGGGCAGCUGAAACCCGAGCACAAGGAGCAGCUGGAGGUGGUACUGAGGGGCUUAACCCCUCGCAGGGUGGAGGUCGGCGACGCCAUGCUGUUUUGUUUAGAAAAAGCCGAGGCUGCCGAGGAGGUCGUGUCCUGCAUCGCCGAGUCUCUCUCCAUGAUACAGACGCCACUACAAAAAAAGAUCGCGCGGCUCUAUCUGGUUUCGGACAUCCUGUACAACUCGUCGGCCAAAGUCGCGAACGCGUCAUACUACCGGAAAUUCUUGGAGUUGAAGCUGCCCCAGAUCUUCAGCGACAUGGGCGAGGCGUAUCGGAACAUCCAGGCCAGGCUGCAGGCCGAGCAGUUCAAACAAAGGAUCAUGGCCUGUUUCCGAGCGUGGGAGGACUGGGCCGUCUACCCCGAAUCCUUUCUGAUCCAGCUGCAGAACGUCUUCCUGGGGAUCAUCAAACCGGGAGAGGAAAUGCCCGAGAGGACAGAGGUGACGCGGCGCCCUCCGCCCGCUUCUCCGGAUAUGGACGGAGCACCGUUAGACGGAGUUCCUCUAGACGGGAACGAGCUGGACGGGAUGCCCCUGGACGACCUGGACGGAUCACCCAUGACCUGGGAGCCGUCGUCCAUCGACGGGGUCCCUGUGGACGACAUAGACGGCGUCCCUCUCGGCCAGGCAAUCGACGACAUCGACGGCAUGCCACUGGACGAAGGCGUGGAUAAGACUUUACCAGCUGUGGCCUUGUCUAAAUGGGAGCGAGUGGACGACGCAGAGCCAUCAGCUAAAGCCAACUCCGAGGACGACAUGAGCGCCAGCGAAGCGAAAGAAAACGAGGCCGACUCGGACGAGGACAGCAGCAGCGACGACGACGACGCGGCCAGUCCCAGCAGGUUCGAGGGCGCCGAGUUCAAGAGCAGCCUGCGCAACUUCGAGAUGUCCGAGAGCAAAAGGACUCGACUCCGCGAGCUGGAGGUGAAGGUGAUGAAGUUCCAGGAUGAGCUGGAAUCGGGGAGGAGGCCGGGGAAAUCCGGCAUGAGCCUCCAACAGCAGGUUCAACACUACAGAAACAAGCUGCUACAGAAGGAGUUCGAUAAAGACAAUGAAGAAAAGAGAGACAAGUCAGGGAGUAAGAAGGACCGGUCGAAAAAAGAGGAGCGCAGAGAGCGAGUAGAGGAGAAGAGCAAAGGAAAGGAGCGAGAGCGGGACAGAGAGAGGGAGCGAGACCGGAGUAAGAAGAGCGAGGACCAAGAGAAGAGCAGAGGGAGGAGCCGGGAGGAGGACGACCGGAGUGAGAGGACGAGGUCUCGCUCGCCGCGGAAGUCGAAGCGCUCACGUUCUCCGUCUCCACAGCGCAGAUCCCGCCGCUCCACGUCCCGAUCGCCCCACCGCUCACACAAAAAAUCCAAGAAGAGCAAACACUGAUUCUGACCUUCUAUCUCUCUGACCUCCACACACACACACACCACAAUACUGCUUCAUCAGGGUUUCUCAGCUUCAGUUCUGGACUCCAGGACCGAACCUUAGAAACCCUGCACUCAUCCACAAGACACGUAAGACAUCAAAACUGGAUUUGAGCCAGUUACUUCUUCCCAGAAUCCUCCUGUUCACGGCUGCUACCGUCUCACACAACGACUUUUUUUGUAAGAGGAAGCGGAAACGUUUAUUUGUACAGUUGUUUUAGUUUUUGUUCUUUUAAAAUAAUAAUAAUAAAUUCGUCUUUUGAAGAUCUGAGUGUAAAAUCAACCCACGACCUUUACAAUAAACUGCUGAUGGUAGUGAUUGGU